CGGUGGGUGAAGUAAGGUCUUUUGUAACCGCCUCUGUCUUUGGGAAAGAGAGGAGAGAGGAGGAAGGCUGGGGCGGAGAGGGGGACGCCGGACCGUGCUGCAGGAGAGGAGCUGAGAUUUGAGCUCGCUUGUGCUUAGCAGGGAGAAGCGGAGCACAUGGAUUUCUAAACACGCUGGGAUUUUAUAUAUCUACAAAAAUAACAACAAGCGAACCUGACCCUACUGAACACAGUCAAAUGAAUCGUAAUUGCAGAUCAAUGCAGAGAGAUGGGGAAACUUCACUCGAAACAUGCUGCCGUUUGUAAACCCAGAGAAAGUCCAGAAGGUGAUAGUUUUGCGGUGAACGCCUCUCUGGCUCGCAAAGGGCUGGAGGACUGGAUGGUGAAGCAGAAAUACUCCGGGGGCAGCAGCAGCGGCGGCAGCAGCUCGGGACUCCAGCAAGGCUGCCAGCACCGGGCCGUUUGCAGGCUCUCCAGCGCCAGGGAUUUAUCUGGGGAAGGCUACAGAGACACUAUUGGUGAUGAACACUUCCACCUAGAAGUGGCUUUGCCUCCAGAGAAGACAGAUGGAGUUUGCAGUGGAGAUGAAAAGAAAGCAGAAAAAGAAAGUGACACACGCACAAGUUCCAAGAAGCAACUGAAAUUUGAAGAAUUGCAAUGUGAUGUGUCUGUAGAGGAAGAUAACAGGCAAGAAUGGACCUUCACACUGUAUGACUUUGAUAACAACGGAAGAGUCACACGUGAGGAUAUUACCAGCUUGCUUCACACCAUCUAUGAGGUAGUUGAUGCAUCAGUAAACCAUUCUCCCAGUUCCAGCAAAACUCUGCGAGUGAAACUUACUGUGGCACCAGAUGGCAGCCAGAAGAAAAAGAGUAUUUUGUUAAAUCAUACUGAUUUGCAGAGUGCCAGGCAUAGAGCUGAAAACAAAGCUAAUGAAGAAGCAAGAAGCUCUGAGAAGAAGCAGCGGGCUUCUCUCAGAUACCACCAGAGUGAGAACAAUCCAGAGCAAAGUGGGUGCUAUCGUCACUGUGUUGAUGAGAACAUUGAAAGGAGAAACCACUAUUUGGAUCUUGCAGGAAUAGAAAACUACACAUCAAAGUUUGGGCCAGGAUCUCCUCCAGCAGCUCAAAAACAUGACCCACCAGGCAGAAUUGUGAAUCAAACUAGAUCCCGUUCUCAUGAGCCUGAAACCUUCCAUGCUCAUCAUAGGAAAUCUCAAGUGGUGGAUCCAAACCACAUCAAUCUGGCUGAAAGUUCGUAUGCCAAGAUUGCAGAAAUCCAGCAGAGGCUCCGGAACCAGGACUCAAACAAGCACUUUGUGAGGUCUCCCAAAACCCAGGGCAAAAAUGUCGCCCCUGUGCAUCCUGGAAGGGCAGUUAGAAAUAAACCUUUUCAAGGGGUGCCCAUGCCCAUGGCUUCCCCAAGUGCACGGGUGGGCCAGAAUCUACCUUACCUUCCCUUGCAAUCUCAACAGAUUCACAAGAAGCAUAAGCAGAGGGCAAAGGAGAAUCACCAAAUGUGCAAAACCUUCCAGUCUCCGGGGACAGUUGUGGAAAAGGAACAUGUGAGAGACCUGCCCACAGUCAUUUUAUAUGAAGGCCAAGUUGGACAAAUGAUACAAAGACAUGAACACCACCACCACCACGAGCACCACCACCACUACCACCACUUCUACCAGACAUAGAAGAGAUCCCACCAACAUCCUCCAAGAAUCAUCCCAUAUGAAGGAAAUGCAUUCUUGUGAUACCAGAACUAAGGCAUUACUAUGAUUAAUAUUAUUAUUACUCCAUUAAUAUUCAGCUUGCAUAUAUUUUAGAGGUUAUAUGGAACUCUUGAAACUUACCCUAUUUAUAUGUUGUGGAACCGCAUAGCUUACUUAAACACCUUGUGGAUUUUUUUGUUUGUUUUUGUUUGUAAGUGGCUUGUAAAACAGCAAACAGCCAUAGCUUUUUGAGCUGUGAUUUAAUACAGGUCGUCAACGCACUUCUUUACAAGUACUACUUCCAUUGUAAUAGGAAAGAUACUUCAAACACUCUUGCAGACAUCUAGCUUACCACUCUGCUGUAUGUCGGCUGAUCGCACACAAGCCUUUUAUCAGGGGAGCAAUGUUCGAAGAGUUGGACUCCAGAGAUACUCAGAUAAUGGAAAAUACAAACAGCUGCUACCUCUAGUAUUAUUCAGAUUUUAUUUUCUUUUUAUUGAUUGUAAUGUGCUACAGGGGGGAAAUUUAAUAUACUGCGUUCAUGUAGCCUGUUUGUGUUCACAUCCUUUCAAAUUAUCUUAAUUACGAGGAAAUAUUAGCUAAACUUGUCAACAGGGCUACGUUUGUAUGACUCACACUUUAUUUUCUUGGAGAUUCUUCAUUGACACAAGUACAGUCUGUUAUAUACUGGGUAAUAUUUAAAUAUACUUCUUUUAUUUUUUUUUUCUCUUGCUUAUUCUCCACUCUGUUUGGGGUAACCAUAUGAAAAGAGGAGGAUGUGAAAUGGGGUUUUCCAAAGCAUCACUAGACUUUAGUGCUUGGGCCAUAAGUAUCAUUCAUAGGGGUUUGAGAAGGAGAGGGGUUGACUGGGGGGUUGUUUUGUUUAAAUCCACAGUUCUUUGUUUUGAGAAAGAAUUGAGGAAAAUAUACUUUCUCACUUUAAAUGUUGGCAAAUAUAUAUAAAAUAUAAAUAUAAAUAUAUAUAUAUAAAUAUGCACACUCUCAGGUACAUUUUGUUGUGUUUUAGAAAUCUGUGGUUUGAAUAUUAACUUUUUUUUUCCCCACAACAGUGACUUUUUGGAAACAUAUCCCAUGGCAUAUUCUUGGUGCCUCCAAUUUAAAUUUCCCAAGCACCUACCAGUUUGUGCUUCUCCCACUUUAGAGACGAUUCAACAUGUACGAAAAGUGUAAUUCACAAUCAUUCUGGCCUCUUCUGCUUUUUUCCGUAUCAAAGGGCUUCCAUUCCAUGAAGGAGAAUGAGACCACACUCACAAGACCUUAAUGGCUGCUGAGAAAUUUGAAGGUCAAAAGCAAAUUGGAAAAGUGAAAAAAAAAAAAAGGUGCAGUACGUUCAAGUUUUGCUUUCUUUGGAGCCCAGAUUUAUAAUAGAUUCAGUUGGGUUUUGUACAGAUCACCAUUUUGCAGAUAGAAACUGACUGAAAACACCUACAUUUCUUUUGGAACAUUCAAGUAGAGAACUCUUACAUGGAAACAUAAUUGUUCUAUAAACGUAUUUUCUUUCGGUUUUAAUUAUUUUUAAUGUUGUGGUAUUUUGUCAAUAGUAUAUAUUGUAAAAUGUAACUAUCCAACAUUGAUAUAAGCCCUUUAUGAUUAGGGUAUUUUUUUUCCUGACUAGAGUUUUGAUCAGUCCAAAAUGGGGUAUUACCUUAUUGCUGACCAGUUUUAGAGGGAUGCUGUCCUUUCUAAGAACAUGGAGACAUCACCUUUUAAAGAACAGUGGAAAGCCUUGCCUUUUCAUGAAAUUUGAAUAGAAUCACUGCUUCCUAGUAAUUAGGUCCAUCUCUCGUCUCCCUGGAUCAGCAGAUUUUUAGACUUAUUGUCCUCUUUAAAAAAUCUGGUUUAUUUUAUUUUUUUUUUAGCUGUCAACAGCAUGUUCUGUUAAAUUUAACAAAAUGUUUUUAAAAUGUGUUUGAUCUGUGUGACAACUAUACUGUUCUGUUUAUUUUAAAAUUCCUUAAGUCCAAAAAUAUUUAUAUGCAGAAUUUUCUGUGUUGAAAAUAUGAAAAGGCCACAAAUUUGGUUAGUUACCACUGAGUUGUUCUAGUCUAAGCCUUUUUUGCUGCUUGUGUAUCAUUCUUUUUCAAUGUAUAUAUAAUUAUGGACUGCAAAAAAAAAAAAAGGCAUUUAUAUGUCUAGUAGAAGGAAUAAGCUUAUUUAUAUUAUAGUGUUAACAAAGUCUGAUGUAUUCAAGUGACUUACAUUAUACCGCAUGCAAACACACAGUGUACAUUCCAUCCAAGAAGGGAUGCCAUGCUAUUUGUUUUGAAGGAGUAAUUAAAGCUGUUCUCUUUUCAGUAAAGCAUAUGUCAGAAAGACUAAGAGGUGGAAAUUGUAGUCAAUUUUUUUAAUGCAGAUUAUUGCUGAAAACCAGAAAACAUUCUGGAAAACUCGAGUGCUUUCAGAACUGUGAGGUUUUCUAAGAAAGGGAAGCAAAGGAGUAUAAAUACUCUUUCACCCAAAGAUAUUUUUGCUGGAAAAGAUAACAGCACCAAUAACAAAAUCCCAUCUGAUUGAGAAGUGUGCAGUACUUGCUGUGCCAAGCAAACUCUGAAAUAGAACACAACUGACUAUUGCAUUGAUUUGUUUAGGUUUAUUAUAUUUAGAGAUUCGAAAGACAAAUUCUGCCUUGCUCACAUUCUGUGAAAUACAAAUACAUUUUAAUAACGUGGCAUCCCCAUACUAAAACUUUACACCAGCCAUGUAUGAAUAUACAGUAUCUAAAUACUGUGUUGCAGUUGUGUUAUGUGCAUUAAGUGUGAAUAACAUGUAGCACAGAUUCUUUUCACAGAACCUUAAAUUUCCGUAUCUUUUAAAUAUGUUUGCUUUUCAGUAUUUUGUAUAGUAAAUAUAGAUGGUUUUGACUAAAUGCUUUAUUUAUUUAACAGCAAAAACUGUGCCAAGAGAACCCCCUGUUAAUUAAAGUUUUACUAGUUCAGAAAGUAUAUUUCCUUCUUCUUGUUGUGGAUUUCAGGGGCUUAUUGCAAUUGCUCUCAGUGCUUGCAGAUCCCACUGAUGAAAGAGCUUGCAUUAAUGUUUUUGGGAACAGGAUCAGGAAAUUACGUAUGGACUGGGUAUGCUUUGGUUUUAUAUUUAAGCUAUCAAGUUUCAAAGUUAAAUUUCUUGUCCCCUGCUGUUAGACCUGUGUCGAAUAACUGAUUUUUCAUCUUGUUAUUAAUUCUGAACACCUUUUUUAAAAAAAAAAUAUUAUUUUAAGUUGUUCAAAACUAUAGCUGAAUUAAGAUUUAAAAUAAAUUCGUUUCUGGUUAAAAAAACAUUUUAUUCCCAAGGGAAAAAAUAUCAGAGUUGAGUAUAUUGUUACUAUUUAAAAGUGAAAUGGAGUGACACCAAGUCAUUUCAGAUGGAAACUCCAGCCUUUCCACUGACUUCUUUGGUUUUUACACAAGGCAGUUCAGCAAAACAAAACCGAUCCCAAAAUUUGCACUAUUUGCUGAAAAAAUUCAAUAGAAAAAUUUUGCUCACCUCUACCAGCUGCAAUUCUGGGAAAGACAGUUUUUUGAAAAGAAGGAUUGAUAAGCUCUUCUCGCAACUUCAUGACCACCUAAUAGGAAGUAACCUAAGCUAAGGCUGUGUAGUAAAAUCUCUGUCCCAGUGAAAUCUCUGGCAAGACUGCCAGAUUCCCACUGGCUGCAGGGAGCCUAUAAUUUCAUUCCAGGAAGGCGGGUUUGAAGUCUACAUAAUGUGCAGCCAGUAAUUUCAGUAUUUAUUUUUUAUGCAUCUUACUGCUGAUGGGUUUGUAGUAGCUAAUAUUAAAUGGAAGUUUUACUGUAAGACAUCAAGCUGGUAAAUUAACUAAGAUUAGCAGCAAAUACUGUGCUUUAUACUGAUAUCACUGGAGGACUUCAAGACACUUCCAAAUGUGUUUGAAACAUCCACAUGUCAUUUAAUCAUUGCUAGAAAUGAAGACCCAGUUCUGCCCUUGGAUGAUGAGGUACAGAUGCUCUUGGCAUAUUGGCAGACCAGCCCCUUAGGGCCAUAUCAAAUUAAAAAGCCAAGUAUAUGACCUCUGUAAUCAUGAGGACAGAAUAGCAAGGUUUAGCUGGAGAAGUACCUGAAAGAUAUGUGUGUGUGUGUAUAUAUAUAUAUGUGUGUGGGUGUGUGUGCGUGUGUCCUCUGGCAGAAGUUAGUGAGUGGAACAAGAUGGAUUUUGACAGAGGUGUUUUUUUUAAAAAGGGAUCAGUACUGUGUAUGCUUGACUGUCUACAAGUUGCCACAUAAAUAUACAGAUACGAUGAAUGCAUACUGUUCUCCAUAUGUCAUUGUGUACCUCAAUUAUUGAAUGACAGAUUUCAUUUGUAUUCCAAUUAACAGGAAAGUUGGGCCCCUUGGGGCCUAGAUUAUACUUGAGAAAAAUUCAUCAUGCUAGAAAAUUUGCAAAAACACUCACCAUAAUUUUUGCCUGGAGUACAGGCAAGAAUGUUCAUGUUUGGAAACAUGUCAGCUAAUCACGUCUCACCUUUAAUUACCUUGAUGCAAUUCAUCAAGAUCUGAAAAUAUGUUUUCAAACAUGACUUAUUCAUGGCUUUGCUGGGAACCAAGUCUUAUUCAGCAUCCUGUUAGUUCUCAGACUUCUUUUUUUUAAAAUGUACCAAGCAGAAACAUGUUUGGAAAUCCAUAAAAUAAAAAUUAAACUUAAUGUGUUUUCUAAAUAGCUUCUGGAAGAAGAUUUCUUUCCUAAUGCACUUAGCAGCAAAACCAGCCUCAAAUUAUGACAUAAUAAUUUAUUUUCUUUGCAUAUUUGACAGAUGUUGAGUUGAUUUGAUUUUGAAGGGGCUGUUUUGGCAUUUUUUUGUGUUGUGUGCACAUUUAAAAUUUGCUCAAAAUGGUCUAAAAGUAACAGACAUAGAAAAGCAAAUAACUUUAUAUUGAAAUUAUUCAAUAGACAUUGAACUGCAUCUUACUUGAAGCUUGGAUUAUAAUUACUAAAUAAUGAGGUUUUCAAUGAUGUUUUAAUUUACUUUUAUAUUUCUAUGUAAUUCUAGACAAUUCAAUUCUAAAUGCCAUAAAAUUACAGGAAUCAUAUGGAUGAGGUCUUCUAAUUUCUUUUUUUUUUUUAAAUAGCAGGACUUAAGGACUAUUCAGGCAGAUUACUGUGAGGGUAAGAGCUGUGAAGAAAGAUUGGAAAGAGAUGGACAGAAAGAUUUGAGAAAUGUAGGGAUAGCAUAGAAAUGUCCAACAGAGGGGCUGGGGGAGACACACAAGAGGCAGGAAAAUGCUGUAUGGAGGAGCUAUAUUCAUAUUACUUUUUUGAAUCUCUUAUGGUACAUUUAUUGCUUAUAAAAUAGCAACACUAGUUCAUAAAAUGCUUUUCACUGGGAAAACUUGAAAGACUUUCUAUAAGAGGUUGAUCUCUAGUGUGCAGGGGGAGGAACAAGGAAGGAAAGUCGCAGGUAAUCACCACUGGGGCUGUGGCAGAAUAAGGAAUGAUGCCCUGGUUUCCUGAGUCCCUGUCUGAGCUGAGGGAAAAUUUUUUAUAAGCAGAGGUGUUUCUACAGAUGCUUUGAAUAUUCUUUAGAACAUGUUUUUAAUAGUGGCAUCAUUUCUUUUUCUCUUUGAUUACAAACACACGUAAGUUGGUCAAAUGUUACCCAAAGCUUUGCUGUCUGUCCUGAUUUUUCUAAACACUAAGCACUAACUAAAAUAUGCCUGUGAAAUCUACUGACACAACAGAUAAUCUUUGCAUCACAAGGAAUGGCAGACUGGGCCUAUUGGUUGUCUCAUUAGGCUUGUCUCAUUUUGGGGUACGAGAGUAGGAAGUUCCAGAAUUUUUUAAAAGAACGUUGAAGACAUAAUAUUUAAGGGGUUUCAUAAAUUUGGCAAUGGGCAAACGUUAACAAUAUCAGGCAUGCUGGCAAUGAAGUGCACUGUGCUUUCUGGUUUUUAGGACAUGUCUAUGAAGUGGGAUUUGUGUCUUCCUUUGAGUGCCUAGUCCAUAGAGACAAAGCAGAUGUAAUUACUACCAGCUAAGAGAUGUACUCUUUUGGUAUUGUAUUUUGUGGAUGAAGAUAUGGGGUUCAGAUCCUUCUGGUGCUGAGUGCUUAUUCUUACACUUGUUCCUUCCUGUUCUGUUCUAUUCACGAAGUAUAGCACGCUGAGGCUUUGUGAAUUUUCUAAAGAAACACCUAACAAACUGGGCCAAAUUUGUCUUCAGCUUCAUAAAUGGAAGCCAGGAGAGCCCCAUGCAUGUCUUGGAAUUUGGACCUUACAAAUGCAGUUUGCUAUAUGAGUCAUCAUUUUUUCUUGUACUAAUUUCAGAUAUUUGAUAAGCUCUUUUUAUGGUUUACAAGUUUAAAAAGACAAAUAAAACUUUGUAGAUUAAAACCUUGGUUUGGAGGUUGUAUUUUGUCUGUUCUCACUGACAGUCUGUGAAUAGCCUUUUUCUGUGGGCUUCAGCUUAAACCUACAAAGUGACUUUGGAGUGGGUGUUUAUAGUUCUUUGCUUGCUUGUUCACAGGAUAAGACUGUUGAUAGAUGAAUAAAGUGCCACUUGAGGUUGUUAACAACCAUGACUGGUAACUCUAGUU